AAGCGUGUUGUCGGUCUCCAUGACGACGGCUCCAUUAAAAGCUGUCAGGGCUGCGGGGGGAGCAGCAGCGGAUUAUGUGCUCAGGUGUUGUCCCGCACUCUGUCACGCUCCGUGUGGCCCACAUAGAUGGAGAACUAGUCCCCAAACCAACCCGGCUGGAGGUCCUCUCUCUCCGGCUUCAGGUAGUCAGGAGCGCCGCUACGCAGGGACCAGCUGGUGGUCCAGCAGAUGGUGUGGCAACAAACAGUCCUUCAGAUGUGUCUCUGAUCUUGUCCCAGUAUGAGUGAGGUGGUUUGUAAGUCCCAGGAGGAGUAUGAGGACGACUUUGAGAAGGAUCUGGACUGGCUGAUCAGUGAGGGGCAGGGUCCUGACAUUGAUGCUCCUGACAUUGAGGACGAAAUUGACAAAGAGCUGGAGGAGGAUGAGAAACGGCAACGAAGGAAACGGAAGGAGAAGAAAGGCAACAAGACAGAGGCGGUGGAAGAGGAUGAAGAUAGGUGGCCCUCACCUAUGGAGCCCUUAGAGUACGACUCCGACAGAGACAGCCCCAAUAAGUCAUCACCUGUAGUCCCACCCCCCCCAGGGACGGAUGAGCAGACGGACGAGGAGAAGAAGUACAUCCUGGAGAAGAUCCAGCAGGCAAACCGAGAGCUGCAGGACCAAGAAGCACCAGAUAUUACGAGGCGCAGGCGAUUGCAUUUCAAAGAGACGCUGGUGGACCUGGUGGUGCCUCCGCUGCAGUUUGACAAAAAUGGCAAAAGUGGUGAGGUGGAAGGAGGGAAGGAGAACAAGGAUAGGAAGGAUGCAGAGGCGGCGACUGUGUCAGGGAAGUUGUCUGAGCUAAAACUUUCCCCCCGGGAGGAGAAUGUAAGGUCUGGAGGACCUGGCCGGGCUGUGGAGAUCAGUGAUGGAGGGCAGGGGAUGAGGGAGGGCAGAGUCCUUGUAGAAAAAGAUGGGAAGUUUGACCUGGUCAGCUUGAAAGAGAUGGAGAGUCAAGGGCUUCUCCCUCCCAUCACAAGCAACUACAGCGACUAUUCACGUACUUCCCCACGCCUCCAGGAGCAGACUGUGAGCUCCAGGAAGACCCACAGCUCCGCCUCGUCCUCCUCUCCUCGCUCUCGUUCUGGCUCUUCCCCCUUCAAGAAUGGCUUCGAUCCCCUCCGGGCCCCGAGACCUCCAGUGCAGCCCAGGAGCAGGCCCAGCUCAGCCAACCACAGCCACAGAGGCAGCCAGAGGAGAGGCAUCAAGCGGCGGGUGCAGUCGGCCACUGGGACACCUUGCCAGGCCACAUACACCCUGUCCCCCCAGCAGAAGGAGCUGCUGCACAGGAUCCAGGAGAGGAAGGAGACGCUGGCCAGAGAGGCAGAGCAGAGGAAACGUGAGGAAGAGGAGGUGAAGAGGCAGGAGAACGAGCUGGCGUUCAAAGCCUGGUUACUGAGGAAAAGAGAGCAGCUCCAGGAGGAGAGAAGGAUCCUCCGAGCUCAGGAGAUGGAGAAGACAAAUUCUAAGAAGGACUCCUCACAGGGCGACUCGGAGGAGGCGUUCAAGCUGUGGCUGCAGAGGAAGCAGGAGCAGCAGCAGAAAGAGAAGCAGCUGGUGGAGCUGAAGAAGCUGGAGGAGGACGAUGGUUACCUCCUUCACAGCCGAGAGGAGUGUGAACGUGCCUUUAAACUGUGGGUGAAGCGAAAGCGGGUGGAGAAGCGGGUGGAGCAGCAGGCAGCUCGGGAGCACUCUCGCAGGCUGGUGCUGGAGGGGCGGCGAGCACGACGCAUGCGGGACCUGCAGUGCACCGUCAACGAAUCCAAGUCGUUCAGAUUCACAGAGCAGCUGGUUCACCACUUCUGACCCAAACGCACCUGAACAAGUUGGAUUCACACGUCCUCACAUACAAGUGGAGUCAACUCUGUUCAUACAGUAAUUCACCACAGACUGAACAGCACAAGACCUGGUGUGGGUCAUGAGACAUUAUUGUGUGUUAAGUUGUUGCUUGGGUUUGGUUUGAUUUUUUUUCUGUUUGACGUUAAAGCACAUUUCUUUAAAUAAGUUUACGGCAGUGACCUCGACUCAGUGUGUGUAUAAAUCAUCCAGGUGAGAUAAAUUGAGGGUUGUUUCCUCUAUUUACAGGCAGAUGCACUUUACUUUAUCUACACUGCAAUUCUGUGCAUUAAAUACAAGGACAUAACCAGUUGUUAGGCUCCUGCAGGCCUCUUAUUAGUGUUUGGUUACACACAGGGACUAUUACAGGAUACUUUAAUGUAAGCGGUUAUUUUGAUGAACGGUAAAGGAAUGAAAUCUUUAUCUGUAUGAAGAAAGUAGUAAAUUUGCCUGACGUUCAAUGUCAUGAAACAGACAUUUUUGGUUAUAACAAGACAAAAUUAUGUUAAAUUUUAUGCAGAAAAAUAACAUGAAUAAAUAAAACCAUUAUACACAA